AUGGUCAAGGUUCAUGAUGGCAAAUGCACCAUCCGCCAACCCCUCUCAAGCCUGCACAAACAUUAUCAAGAAGGAGAUCUCAUCAUUGGGGGAAUAGGUUCUCAUAUUGAUGUUACCGCACAGUUGAUGGAGUUCACAGAACUGUCGAGUUAUAUGGAAUAUGAUAUGCCCUUUGUAGUGACCUAUCAUUACCAGCAUGUCUUGGCCAUGGCAUUUGCUGUGAAGGAAAUCAACGAAAACCUCCAGAUACUUCCCAAUGUCACUUUGGGCUUCCAUGUCUCUGACAACUACAUGGAUGCAAGAGAAACGUAUCGUUCCACAAUCGAUCUUCUCUCUACAAAGAACAGAUUUCUCCCCAAUUACAAGUGUGACUUCCAGAAUAAUCUAAUAGCAGUUGUUGGAGGACUUGAAGUUGAAACUUCGCUGUACAUAGCAACGGUGUUAUCCAUGUACAAUAUCCCACAGCUGGCCUACGGCUCUAUUUCAGAAAAGACGGAAACAGUCUCAGGACGUUCCAUCUAUCAGAUGGCCCCAAGUGAAGCCCACCAGUACACGGGGAUUCUCCACUUAAUUCUGCAUUUCAGGUGGACGUGGAUUGGGCUCAUUAUUGUGGAUGACGAACGGGGAGAAAGAUUCCAGCAAGCCAUGCUUCCUCUGUUUUCUGAGAAUGGAGUCUGUUCGGCCUUCAUACAUAAAAUCUUCCAAGUCAGAGUGAUAGAAGAUUUUUUUAAUGAGAUGAAAAAGGGAUGGAAAGAUUUGGAAAUUGUAAUGAAGAGCAAAGCCAAUGCAGUUGUCCUUUUUGGGGAUACUGCUUCUAUCUCUUAUUUGAGAAUGGGGAUUAGAUUCUCAGAGCAAGGCUACACAACAGCAACACUUACAGGGAAAGUGUAUAUUAUGACCAUUCAGAUGGAUUUUGCAUCAUACUAUUAUCAAAGAGACUGGGACAAACAGAUCUUUCAUGGCAUUAUUUCCUUCACGGGUCACACCAAUGAGCCACCAGGAUUCCAGCCAUUUCUUCAGAGCAGAAAGCCUGUUAAGACUCCAGAAGAUGGCUACAUCAGGGAAUUCUGGGAACAGGCAUUCUUCUGUCAGUUCUCAGAUUCACUGGUGCAAAAGGGGUUUAAGGAACAGUGCACUGGAGAAGAGAAGCUCGAGAGCCUUCCUGGAGACGCUUUUGAAAUGAAUAUGACUGGCACCAGCUACAGUAUCUACAAUGCUGUCUAUGCUGUGUCUUAUGCAUUACAUGUGCUGCAUUCAUCCCCUUGUGGACACAGAAGAUGUAUGAAGAGAAGGAAACAAGAGAAGAGAAGGCUCUGUCAACCAUGGCAGCUUCACCGCUUUCUGAAAAGCGUCUCAUUUAACAACAGUGCCGGGGACACAAUUUCAUUUGAUGCCAACGGACAAGUAGCGGCAGGGUAUGAUAUCGUCAAUUGGAUUGCUUUCCCAAAUGAAUCAUUUUAUAAAGUCAAAAUUGGCGAGUUUCGCCCAGAAGCCCCUACUGACCAAAGGCUUACCAUUAAUGACGACGCCAUCACAUGGAAUAGCCAGUUUAACCAAACAAAGCCCUGUUCUGUCUGCAGUGAAAGUUGCCUUCCUGGUUAUCGGAAGAAAAUGAUAGAGGGGGAACCAUUCUGCUGCUAUAACUGCAGUCUUUGUCCAGAAGGGAAGAUUUCCAAUGAGAAGGACUUGGGUGAGUGUUCCACUUGCAGUGAAGAUCACUAUCCAAAUGUGGGACAAAAUCAAUGCAUUCCCAAAGAUAUCACGUUCUUGUCUUACGCAGAGCCGUUGGGGAUCACUUUAGUGACUGUUGUAGUUGGCUUUUCCUUCAUCACACUUCUGGUGCUUGGAAUCUUUGUGAAGCACUGCAGCACCCCCAUUGUCAAAGCCAACAACAGGAACCUCACCUAUGCGCUUCUGAUCUGCCUCCUCCUAUGCUUCCUCUCUGCUUUGCUAUUCAUAGGUCGACCACAACUGGUGUCAUGUCUCCUCCAACAAACGUUUUUUGGCAUGGUCUUCUCAGUUGCCAUUUCCUGUGUGUUGGCCAAAACUGUCAUGGUGGUUCUGGCUUUCCUGAGUGUCCGUCCAGGAAGCAGCCUCAGGAAAUGGGUGGGGAAACAAGUGGGCAAUUCAAUUGUGAUCUCUUGCUCCCUUUUCCAAGCAAUCCUUUGCUUUGUGUGGCUGGCAACUUCUCCCCCAUUUCCAGAUGUUGACAUGCAUUCAGAAACUAAAGCAGUUGUACUGGAAUGCAAUGUGGGGUCUGUCACCAUGUUUUACUUUGUUCUGAGCUAUAUGGGCUUCUUGGCUGUGAUUAGUUUUGGGGUGGCCUUCUUGGCCAGGAAGUUACCUGACAGUUUCAACGAAGUCUCAGACUAA